UGGGUGGGAUGGGCACUGGUAAAACGGAACGAGGCUCGUACUCGUCGUAUGGCCGAGAUUCCAACCUGCAGGGCUGCCACCAGCCCCUGCUGGGCUCCGAGCUGGAUCUGGCUCCCGGGGCUCUGUCCCCCAGCAAGGGCAGCUCCCAGUUCUACCAGUAUGGGACCCGCCGGAGAGGCCUGCACGGCUCCUCUGUGGAAGUUCAGAGCAAGAAAGUGCGGAAGGUGCCCCCGGGGCUGCCGUCCUCCGUUUACGCCCCGUCCGCUUCCACGGCCGAAUUCAACCGCGACUCACCCGGAUUUUCAGCCAAGGGCGCUUUCCCCUCUUCCUUCUUCAUGCAAGAUGGAGGCGAUCCCUGGAGUGGCCAAGCGGGAUUUUCGGGAAUGUUGGGGAAUUCUUCCCAUUCCAGCAGCUACUGCAGCCUCCACCCCCACGAGCGCCUGCCCUACCCGUCGCACUCGUCGGCCGAGCUGAGCUCGGCGCUGCCGCCGAUGUCGUCCUUCCACCGCUCCAACGCCUUCGGCUCCUCCUGCACCCCCCCGGCCAACGGCGCCGAGCCCCUGCUGGCGAGAAAAAGCAGAAACGACCGCGAGCGGAAAAUCCGAAUUUUCAUUAUUACGUAA